AUUUCAACAGGUCUCGAAAAUCCGAAGUCACUAUGAAGCCAAGUGACCGACAUUUAUUUGCGUUCGGAAGAAAAUUGAGUUGGUGUUUAUUGAUGCUCGUGUUGCUGAUAUUGACCUUGAUGAGCAUUUUGCCACAGAAUACAGAAGCAGCAGGCAAAGGUCCAGUGAAAUCCGUCCAUAAGUUGUAUCCAUAUUAUUGGAAGUCAAAGAUCCGCUACCCAUACUACGACAAAUACGGUCGUGGAAAAUUGCUGUAUGGUUAUGGAGGACCUGAUCUUUACGAAUACACUGCCUUUAAACCCAUUGAUGCUGUUGCACCUGCAUUCACGUACAAGAAAGUGCUCAAAAGAAUUGCCAGUCACGGGAUUGUGGUCGUCGCACCUUGGAGACUCUCAAUUUUGACAGAUUUCCAAGACCCAACAAUCAGGGCCAUCCAAGGAAUAACGACUGUGAAAUGGUCCGAAAAGCACUUGGAGUACAAGGUGAAAAAGAAAUUCAAAUCGAGCGACAAACGCCGUAUUGAUGCUUUGGAUCACUUCAGCAUUGAUUGGUCUCGGAAAAUCCUGGGAGGGCAAAGUGCUGGGGCUCACGUGGGAUAUUCCAUGUUGAGAUUGUCAAAGUGCAAACUGGGUUUCAAGGGGGUCGCGCUCGUGAACCCGGUCGAUGGGAGAGACCCCUUCGGGUUCAUCCCGGAUUUCACUGUGCCGAGCACUUGGGGCAAGUUUGUUUUCCCAGUUGCUUUGCCUUUGUUUGUACUCAAGGCUGGGCUUGAUCCUGUUCCUGGUUGGAACAUUCCUUUCUUUCCUGGUUGUGCGCCACCUCAGUUCAGCAACGAAAGGUACUAUUUGGGGUCAGCUGGACCAAAAUGGUACAACGUUGCGAUGCUUUACGGUCAUGCAGAUGUGCUGGAUCCCUUUUACGAAGGUGCCAAUCAGGUGAUCAGAUUUUGCGCCACGAAGAAGGAAACAGACAAGUUCGCGUUCCGAAGUUUUGUUGCCGGUCAGUUCGUAGCAUUCAUCAAAGCCACUUUGUAUCCAGAAAGGUAUUGUUACCUGAGGGCGUAUUUGGAAGAGCCGGACCUGAUGAACAUUCCCUAUGUUCUUGCACACAGCCAUGUUCCGGGAAACAAAUUUUGGGAUCCAGUUUGUCCUGGAGGUUUCUGUGAAGUGAUUGAUAAGGUCAAGCCUAAGUCUCCGUUUUAUGCAGCUUUAGUGACAUGA